UCGAUAUAUCAUGCUGCAAAGAUAGGGCUAUGUCUUGUCUCAUCUUGCUGACAAAGCCAGUGAAAGUUUCAUUAAUCAGGCGGCUGGUUUCUCACGGUAGAGUGAAUGGACAAUCAGGGGAAGUUGUCAUCGAGAGAUAAGGGACGAAGAUUCAUAUGUACGCAAAGGUAGAGGAAGUUGUUGAAGUUUUCAGAAGCGUAGCACGACAUCCAGCGCCAACUGGUGCUACCAUUUUGAAAGGUAAUCAAGGAGGUUUUGCGAUAGUUUCAACUUGGUCGCAAAGAAGUCUAGAACAUGGACGGAGAGUGAAAUUUCAGCUAACCAACUUGAUCGAUAGUUCAUUAAACCAGCCCAUCAGUACACUGCCUGUUGAUGUCUCUUCUGUUGUUCUGUCGAGCAUUUCAAAAUCAGAAAAACUUAAAGCUGUCGUUCAAGAGAUCACAGCCGAAAACUCCUCUAAAAAAUAUGUGUUAGAAAUCUGGAGAACCCAUCAGCUGUGGCGCAGUUUUGAUUUGACAGCAUUAGAUGUUCAUGGAGACAUAUAUUAUGAUCGUAAUUUCGGCUGUUUAGAAUGGUCACCAUGUGAAAAGAAACUACUGUUUGUAGCAGAAGCCAAGAAACCUAAAGCAGAGCCUUUUUUCAAAUCAAAAUCUGGAUCUAAAGAAUCAGAAUCAAAGCCAGGGGAGCCAAAGCCGUUAAAGGGUGAAGAAUAUGUCUAUCGAGAAGAAUGGGGCGAACAGUUGGUUGGUAAACAUCAAUCUUGUCUCGUAGUCUGUGAUAUUGAAUCUGAAUCAAUUUCCGUUUGCCCUGGAGUACCGCCUGAGUAUUGUCCCGGUUCAGCUGUCUGGUCUCCAAAUAAUAUCAAAUAAGAAAAUGUCCGCCAUGAGCCCUCGUUUUAGCCCUGAUGGAAAGAUUUUGGUCUAUCUAGAACGUGUUCCCACAGGUGCCCACCGAGCUUGUAUGCAAAUAAUCAAAUAUCAUUGGCCUUCUGGAAAUUCUGAAGUCAUUUUUGACAUUGUUUCGCAUCAGAAAACCAUAUGCAACAACAACGUUUUCUAUGGAGUUUUUUGUGAUUCACUGCCCAAAAGAUGUUUUUCAAAGGAUAGUAAAUACGUUGUUUUUAGCACCGAACAAAAAUUUCAAGUCUCAUCUUAUAUAUUAGAUAUAGAGUCUGGCAGUCUGAAUCAAUUAGUCUUGAAUGAAAAAGGAAGUGUCCAAGUCUUGGAUGUUGAUGAAGACUUAGUCGUUUGUGCAAAAUCUUCAUUUGCGGUUCCCUUUUCUUUGAUUGUUUCCCAUUUAUCCUUCGAUGGGAUUACCCUUUGGACGCCCUUAACAGACUGGUGCCAGGAUGCCUCUCCAAGCAAUUUAGUAGUCAAAUACAUGUCCCUUACAGCACCUAAUUCUGAGGAAGUCAAUUCAUUUAGUGCCAUUUACUUUGGACCGGAAUCAGGCGAACCUCAGUCAGUUCCAUUGGUAGUGUUCCCUCAUGGAGGACCUCAUGUCUCCGUGCCAGAUUCGUUUGAUGUGUUUUCUGCAGAUUUUUAUACAAGAUUAGGAUUUGCCACUUUGUUCCCCAAUUACCGAGGAUCCACUGGUCAAGGUCAAGCAUCAGUGGAUUAUUUGUUGGGUAAAGUUGGUGACACUGAUGUGAAAGAUGUUCAUCAAGCAACUUGCGAAGCAUUGAAAACUUUUCCGUGCCUUAACCAGAAUGCAGUCGUCCUUAGUGGUGGAUCUCAUGGUGGCUUCCUUGUUGCGCAUCUGUCAGCACAGUAUCCGAACUUCUACAAAGCUGUUGUCUCGCGUAAUCCUGCAUUAGAACUGUCUUCUAUGUUCAUGACGUCUGACAUUCCUGACUGGUGCACCACUGAAGCAGGAUUUUUGUAUAAAGGCUACACAGGGGAUAAUGCUGUUUGGGAGAAAAUGAGGAACGUUUCACCUAUGAAACUUGUGGAUAAAAUAUGUGCUCCCACAUUGUUUUUAAUCGGCAAAAAUGAUCUCCGUGUGCCACCCUCCCAAGGAACAGCUCUGUACCAUGCUUUGAGAGAGCGGAAUGUAGAAACAAAAAUGCAUGUAUACGCAGACAAUCAUUCUCUGUUUACGAUUCCUGUGGAAUUAGACAGUUGCAUCAAUGCAGCACUAUGGUUAAUUCAACAUAUUGAAGUCAGAAAAAGCUAGUAGCUCGCAGGAGAGGAAAGAAAUAUCUACAGUGUUCCCGCAGUAAUGCUUUGUACGAAUUUGGAUACAACUUUUGUGAAAUAUAUUUUUGUUAAAUCUGAA